AUGCCCGCAUCGGGCAGUGACCGCCGGUCCCUCCCACAAGGACAAACAAACAUCACUUCCUCGCACGCACACCUGGCAGCCGUUCACACAGAUCUCCUCAGCCAGCGGAAGGAGCUAGAUGACCGGAUCCGCGGCGUCCGCCUGCUCUUGAAUUCAACAGUCCCCGUCAACCGCCUCCCGCUCGAGAUCCUCGUGCGCAUCUUCCGCACCGUCCAGAACGGCCAAUACUACAUCUCCCCUUUCGAGGCGGAGGAGCAGCUCGAUUCAUGGCUCUCGCUCGUAAGCGUCUGUCACGCCUGGCGCGUGAUCGCCUGCACAACACCGCUCCUCUGGCGGACGGUCCACGUCGGGACGAAGCGACACCCGGAUUUCUUCCGGCUCUUUCUGGAGCGCUCCGCGGAGACCUCUCUGGAUCUGUCGUUCACCGCAACGCACGAAAUGGAGCCCUUCCUGGCCGACCUAGAGAAGCACCGCUCGCGCGUGCGGAAGUUCCAGUGCUGCAUGCUUCCUCGGUCACAGGCUGCCGUGAUCAGCAGCUUCCUGGAGACUGGCAACAUGCCCGCCCUCACCAAUCUGGAGUUGUCGUUUGGAAAAUACCGCUGGGAAGCCGACUGCGACGAACCCGUGCUCCCGGAGGAGAUGGUCGACGACGGCGAGGAUGACACCCACUCGGACCCCUUCGAAUAUGUAGACGAAGGCCUGGCUCUCUUCCGCUUUGCGCCGCGACAGGGUCAGUUUCCUCGCCUCGAAAGGCUCUGCUUGCGGAGUGUAUCUUUGGAAAGCAUGUCAGCACUCGCCCCGUCGUUGAAAAGUCUGCGGCUGAGCGACACGAUCUGCGAUGGUGUGCCUCUUACGCGGCUGCUCGACUUUCUGAAGGAGUGCAAAACCUUGGAGCACCUCACGCUCAACAGAUAUCGCUUCGAUGACCCCUCCAUACUGGCGUGGAUUAAGCACGCGUCGCAUCCCCUUCCUCAUGUUGCCUUGGCCCCGACACUAUCUUCACUCAGGCUGGAGGAUGUCAGCCCUUACACCGCACGAUUCCUCAGCGCACUCUCUAUACCGGACACCUCCAGCGUAUCCAUUACGAGGCUUGCCGAAUACCGUGACGGAGAUUUCGAGUUUGCCGACGUCGACCUAGAUCCGGCGUGGGAUACUUUAGCCGCCUGCCUCCCCAAAGUCAGGACGAAGCUGCCCCUGCUGUCGUCCGUCGACAAAGUCCACGUCGAGCUUUCCAGCGAUUCGUACGACGGCCUGGAGGACGUUUUCAGCGGAGAGUGUGGGCAGACGAGCUUCCAGGUCGUCUCACGCGGCGGCUUGGUGAACGUUUGCAACUCUCUGUUGGCCAUCUUCGGCGACGCUCCCCUCGUCGAGCUGAAGAUAUCCGGAAUCACCCCAGGACAGCUGGCUGCCGUCGACUGGACCCGCCUCCUGAGCGCCUUCCCGCUCCUCCGCCGCCUUGCCGUCGUCACCGUCGCUCCCUGGGCCAGUGAUCGUACCAUGCUGAGCUUUUUGGAAGCACUCGCUUCCAGACAGCCAGGUGCAGCUGUUGUGUGCUCCAAUCUGACCGAUCUCGCUGUGGCCGCGACAACGAUUGACGAGGAUACGAAGGUUGUAGAGCCUAUUGCGAGAUGCUUGGCGGCCAGAACGGCGAUGGGGAAGCGCCUUGCCAGACUGCGCGUUGGGAUUCUGAACCCUUACCGCAUGUAUUCAACCGGGGCCGUCCUCGGUCCGCGGGAAGCGCGGUAUAUGGAGCUCCUACGUGGCCUGGCGGACACAGUAGAGUGUAGUGGAAACUUCAACUGGUUCUCUUACACUGGCGAGGACUUCUGGGGCGAGCCUGCUGCGCUGAUCCUUUUAGACGGGCCUUCUUCCUCCGAGGAGUCGGUGCGCAAUUCAACCGCAGACGUAGCGGCCGUACGCGCGACAAUCAGUGCAAUAUCUACAAGCGGACCAAGCGCCGAAUCGCAGGGCUCUCCCCACAGCGGCGAGCCAUUUGCCGUGCUCUCAUCGACCAUCGAUGCCAACGGAGUCGCGCCGUCCACAAGAAACUAUCUCAGGCAACUGACGCGGAGUGCCGCAGCCGCAGCCGCCUCCCUCGCAUGCGGAAGCAUUCUAGCCGGACACACCAGCGAAACGGAUGAGUACGGGGAUGUGGCGGUCUGGCUGGGCUCGGACGAAUAUAGCCCAGGACAUGAGCUCGACGUGCUAUCCUUGCUUGGGUUCGAAACUGUGGCGGGCCCGGUGAAGGAGGUGAAAUUAUCAUCGGACACGGGGCUUCCGACCACCGUUCAUAGCCCUGCCCACCCGGAUCCUACAGUUAUCCAGUUGCGCGAGCUGCUCGGUCGUUUGCAGGACAUACAUAUCUUCUCCUUUCAACGCAGCGAUCCUUGCGUGUAUCUCCUGCUUGGCCGCUUUGACUCCGAGGGCCAGUCAGGCUUCGCGGGUCUCCUUGGCCUAGGGGUACAGUCCUGA